AUGUCAUGUGGCUUGCUCCGUCUCGCUUUGCAAAGACUGAAGCAGCAAAAAUCGACAUGCCAAGCAAAACGGGCGUGGCUCGGAGGAAGCUCUUCCAUCCGCUCCGCACCGCUCGCUGGUCUUGGCAAUGCUUCAAUGCCGUCGGUGGGAGGCAUCUUGGCAUUGUCUUCAGGAACGCCUUUCGAUAUCCGCUCGCCAACAGGCGGGCUCAUCGAGUGCGGCGGCACCUUCGGUCGGCGCUCCAUCUCGCCUCUUUUGCGCCACUGCUGCCAGACCGUGGCAACGGAAGCGAUUCCGAUAUUGCCAGCGCUGCACUGUCAAGUGACAGCCGGAGCGCGAGCCUUCGGCUCACUCCGUCAACUCCCGCUUCGUCUCCCCCACGUUUCAGAAGAUCUUUCAGAAGAGCAACAGCCUCCCGACGAGGAUGAGUUGAGCGAGUCGCGCACAAUGCAGGUCGAUCGACGUUGA